AUGCAUCGUGUGGCGGCUCUUGCCCUUUUGGGCCAGGUCGUUUCUGGCCAGUUGUUCAGCAACUCCUCGACCGUUUCGACGACUCGCUCGUCGACUGUGCUCACCUCCUCCUCCACCACCGUGAUCGUCUCCUCCAUCCCGACAGUCAUCACCUCCGGAAGCUCCACCAUCACCACGGCGAUCCCGAUCACCUCCACCAGCGUCAGUGAGAUCGUCUCCGCUUCCACCGAUGAUGGUGGCUUCACCUUCCCCACUGACGACGGCACGUCCUCCGAGGAGUUCCCCACGAGCACGGACUCGCCCUCUGCCACCGAGACCGGCGACAUCACGAGCACGGAGGAGCCCAUCAGCUCCACCGACAUCCCCUCUGAGACCACCGGCACCCCCUCUGAGACCACCGGCACCGACUCCAUUUCCUCCACCGGCACCGAGACUACUGCCACCGGCACUGAGACCUCCACCGGAUCCGACUCCACCUCCACCCCGAGCGCCACCGUCGCUCCCAACCCUCAGAACGUUGGUGGCUUCACUUUCCUGGGCUGCUUUGGCUCUCCUUCCAGCUUCCCCACCUUCGACCUGACCCUCUCCGCCGAGUCCAUGACCAUCGACCGCUGCAUUGCUGCCUGCCCUGCCGGCAAGCGCUACGCUGCUCUCUUCGGCAACGACUGCUUCUGCGGUGACUUCGUCGAUGAUGUCAACGAGGUUGCCGUCUCUGACGACGAGUGCAACAUCCCCUGCGGCGGCAACCCUACCCAGCGCUGCGGUGGCCGUGCCUCCGAGGCCGUCCUCAAGCGCCAGAUCAUCGCCGCCACCAUUCGCUUCACCAUCUACGUUCGUGUCGAUGGUGCCAGCGGCACCGGCGCCGUCACCACCGCCACCGUCACCACCACCUUCACCGUCACCACCACUGGCACCGCCGGCACCGGCAUCGAGGUCGUCACCACCACCUACUGCCCCGUCUGUGCCGACUGUCAGGGCCCCUUCUGCUACAAGCCCAAGACUCCCCUCGUCCCUGGCCAGCCUUGCUGGGGUGACGACUGCUACAAGAAGCUUGUCUGCUACGGUGACUGGUGCACGUGGGACUACCCCUGCUACGGCGACUCCUGCGGACGCCGCCUCGUCUGGGAGAACGACUGCUGGAAGCCCGAGGUCUGCCACGGCGACGACUGCGGCCGCAAGGUCAUCUGCUCCAACGGCAACUGCGAGUACGCCACCUGCAACGGCUCCUGCAACAAGGAGAAGAUCACCUGCUACGGCGACGUCUGCAAGGUCGAGGAGUGCGAGGGCGACGAGUGCAACAAGAAGUACGUCUGCUCCGACGGCUCGUGCCAGCACCAGACCUGCCCCUACGCCGACGUCAACAAGCACUUCGACUGCACCGACGGCAAGUGCGAGGAGGUCAAGCCCUGCGAGACCUGCAAGCCCGCUCCCCCCUGCACCGGUGACGCCUGCAACAUCAUCAUCACCCCUCCCCCCACCACCCAGGUCGUCUGCAACGGCGAUGCCUGCAAGACUGUUGUCGUCACUCCUCCUCCCGUCACCCAGACUCCUUACCCCACUGGCCCUGCUCCUGCUCCUGCCCCUACUGGCGGCAUGGGUGGCAACGGUGGAAACGGCGGCAACGGAGGCAAUGGCGGCAACGGUGGAAACGGCGGCAACGGAGGUAACGGAGGCAAUGGCGGCAACGGAGGUAACGGAGGCAACGGUGGCAAUGGCGGCAACGGAGGCAACGGCGGAAACGGUGGCAACGGCGGCGAGGGCACUCCCGCCCCUGGCCCCGCUCCUACCGGUGCUCCCGCUCCCGGCCCUGCUCCCGCUCCCGGCCCUGCUCCUUCUGGCGCCCCUGCUCCUGGCCCCGGCCCUGCUCCCUCUGGCACCACUCCCGGUGGUGAGGGCGGCAACGGAGGAAACGGCGGCAACGGUGGCAAUGGUGGCAACGGAGGCUCUGGCAACGAGGGCGGCAACGGCGGCAAUGGAGGCAACGGCGGUAACGGAGGCAACGGUGGCAACGGCGGUCAGGGUACGCCCGCGCCUGGCACACCCUCCACUGUUGUGACCGCCGGCUCCAGCCAGUCUGUUGCCAGCUUCGGCGCCCUGGCCUUCAGCAUCGUUUUCGGUGUUGCCUUCCUCCUGUAA